UUGAAAUGAUGCGGGUGCUUUCAGAAGCUCAGGAAGAACUGAUUAAUACAAGAACAAAGACCAAUAAUUGUGGGAAUUUUGCUGUCCUGGUGGAUCUUCAUAUAUUGCCGCAAGGUUCCAACAAAGAUACCAGCUGGUUUUCUGAACAGAAGAAACAGGAAGUCUGUUUAUUGUUAAGAGAAACUAUUGAUUCAAGAGUUAAAGAGUACUUGGAAGUUCGUAAACAGCACAGACCGUCAAAUGCAGAAUUCACAAGAUCCAGUCCCUUGUCCUUAAAAGGUUAUGGCUUUCAAAUCACAGCCUAUUUCCUCAAGAGAGGGAUACACCUUCGCUGCUUUGCGGGAUCACAGAGUGCUGAGCUUCGUGUAUUCCCCGAAAGAUUUGUGGUCUGUGUAAGUCAGCUUUCAUUCAGUCGUGAUCUCGUGGCAAGUCGGAAUGAAGAACUGGUAUACAGAGCUCUCUGUGGUGUGUCUCAUUAUUUUGCUGAGUGCACAGAAAGUCCAUUUCCUCCUGGUUCAAAGCUCAAGAGACAUGUUUUAAAAGAAACAUAGGUUCAUGUGAAAAGAACUGAAAUGAAAAGCGUCAUGAGCAAAUAACGGAGCAGCAGGGACAUUGUGGCAACAGCUAGUGACUCAGUGAUUGCAGAGAUAGCAAGGAGGGGUGACAGCCAGGCUUCAUCCAGACCCCUGUUGGAGUCCACCAGACAAGCAAGGGAUUACAUAAAGGCAGCUGAGAGCCACUGGGGACUUUCUGUUCAAAAGCUGAGAAAUGUUCGUCAGGCGCAGCCAGAAGACAUCAGCAGCCAGCAAAAACCUCAUCCUGGGGAGCGGUUAGAGACGGGACUUCGAAGCGGGAGCCCUGUCUGUCGCUGUGAGUCAGCAUCACCAGGUCCAAAUUAAAGUCCACGAGGGGCCGGAACACAACAGAAAUGCAGGAACUGCAGUUCUGCAGAAGACGUCGACCGCCCCAAGAGCAUUUCUCUUGGAAGCGAUCGAUUGGUCCUGAGAGAGACGGCAGUGGGAGACGGCAGAGCUGCCAGGGUUCUCCCAACUUGAGAGCAGUUAGAUCCGGAGUUACUUUUGAAACAAGACUUGGCACAAACCUCGUCUAAUGAAGAGUUGCAUGUUUUGCAAACUCUGUCCCCCAAACAUCUUGCAAAAACUGAGCCAGGGAAGGCACAGCAAACCGGCUCAGUCACGAACAGGAAGUUACCCACAAUCCAGGGCAGUCCAACCAAGGAAAGAAAGAAGCACAAAAGAGGCCACUGACUGGAGAGGAUGGCAGUGUCGUGGGUGAGAGUAUGGUGGCCUCGCCUUUGGAGGGGCGGGCAGCAGUGUGUAUAGACGCUGUGAUCGUUGAGGGAUUAGCAGGAUUGUUUUAAACAGAAAAUAGGUAUUUGUGUUAGGGCUAGCUUUCUAAGCGGUCACCUCCAGGAGGCCAUGUGCUUUUUCUCACAGCACUGCCACUCUCUCGUCAUACUUACACCUGUCUUCAGAAAGUUAAACAGCCAUUUGCCUUCUCAGGGACAACACCGCUUGUCAAAGAGCCACGUGAAGAAGCCAGUCAGCUGUCUCUGUGGCACGUCACUGCCAACCAUGUGCCGGGCCCUGUAAGGCCAGGCAUGGUCUGCAGUUCAGUUCUGGGACAGUUGAUCCUCCCUUUCCUCAGCCCGAGCAGGGUGGCAGUGAAGGGACAGGCUAGUGGUUCUCCACAUCUGCUCCUUGGACCAGCACCUGGAAUGUGUUAGAAAUGCAGCUCAUGGACCCCACCCAGGCCUUACUGACUGAGGAACUCUGGGUGAUCCUGAAACGUGUUCAAGUUUGAGAACCACUGGACUAAUUGGAGACUCCCUAGUGUUUAUUUCCUCCAACCUGACUAGCAUGGCAUCCAGUCAAUCAGCUGGGGCCCAUGUGAGGACAUGCACACCUGCUCCCUCAAACUUGUAAAAUACCUGGCUUCAGUGUAGGAGUUGCUCUGUUCCCAGGCUCUACAGCUUGGUGUCUACAGCCCCAGGAUGCUGUUACUUACCCUAAGAAUUGCUGGCAAUUGAGAAUUAAAAAUUGAGUACAGAUAACUCAGCCCAAGAUUAGGGAAGACAUGGGAGAGGCUUCCCUGUCCCUGCCCUUGCCCCCACCUCCAAGAUUUUGGUUAGGCUCAGCAAGGACUAGACCCCAAGGGGAAUACAGUGGUCAUAGUUUCCAGUUUCCCAUUUGCAAGAUCUCACAGGCAGUUUAGAUUUCAAAACAGGAACCUUCCAUUUGUAGCAUCUCCCUCUCUUGUUUCCAGUGUGCUUGCUGAAAUGUCACAUAGUGAAUCAUGGCCAUGACUUAAUUUUGGAUGGACACCUACACUAAAGGUUUUUUUAACCCAAUUUCAUUCUAAAAUAAGGAAAAGACCAUACUCAAAGGCUACCCAUUGAAUGUAUCUUUUUCUGCUCAACUUUGGGUGGUCCUUAGAAGUAAUAACUCCCUAGUAACAAGGAAAAUCAAGUAUUUCCCAGAAGUGUUGGAGUUAGCAGAAAAAUGACCCAGAAAAAGUCCAGUGAAAUAAAAAAACAUGAAAACAGACACAGUGUAGGUCCAUGCUCAAGACUAUAAUUAGUGGUCUCUCCCAGCUCAUUCUGCCUUUCCCCACUUGUAUUGUAGAGUAAGACUCAUUAAGAGGCAACCAAGUUUCAUAGCACCAUUUUGGAUCGUGAAGUUUAGCCUUGAUCGCCAUGACUGGUCAUGGAUGUAGAUGCUGUUCCUUUGCUGCUCCAGACCCUUUCUGGAAAACCGUCCGCUUCCUGUGGUCCAGCCUCACCAGCCCCACCAGGAACGUGGCCCUGCCCACUGUUGACCUUUCCUUUUCCCUCUUAGGUUUUUUUCCUACCCGCUAGCUGACUCCAGUCAAAGGGUUCUAUAGGAGAAAAGGGAGCCCAACAGAAUGAUAAUCACAGUAAGGCAGAUUCUGCUCAUCCAGUAGAGGUAGACUGCACAGAAUGGAAACCUCCUGAGAAAAUGCUGGAACUUUGAUUUCCAUGGCCCAUUGGGGGACCUUUCUCUUAGGGUGGCCGGUUUUCUAGGUGGGCUCUUCACUGAUGGCAGACCACAGUGUGUCAUCUAAUUUUCUUUAACAGAAACAGCUAUUGGAACAGUUUAAACAGGACACAAAUAGUAACCCAAGUGAUAAACCGAGUAACAGCAAGCUCCCUGGAAGAGUCUGGAAUAAAAAGGACAGCCAUUCAGGAACAGUGGCUGCUGCCCGUGCCAGAGCUACAAGGAGAUGGUUGCACUGGAGGCACCAGAGCAAAUUUUUCUAAUGAAAUUAACUUCUUUUCAUUAACCUGGGCCCUGUGAUUAAACCAAUACUUGUAAUGAUUUCUUUCAAGAAAAGUCUUGGCUUUGAGAUUCAGUAUAUUUGUGAAAAUAGCAAUUACUGUGACCACAGAAGGAAAAUGACCACUGUGGUUGCAUAUUGACAUGGCCUUGCUCAUGGCCACCAUGUACAUGGGGUUUUAACCAGAUUGACAGAGGGAACAGGGCUCCACUUCUGUACUGUGGCACGUGUUUGAGGAACUUGGCCGUUAUGCAUUUCCUUCCAUGUGUAUGAAACACCCCUGGAUCUCUUUACUUGAGUGGUUGUAUGUUUCCUUGGAUAUUUGAAAGUACAAAGUGGAAAAUGACUGCCAGGUUUUAUUGUCACUUAUUUAGAUGGGAAAUGAAGAGUUCUCUGCUGCUGGGAGUGAUAAUGUGUUUUGAUAUUCUUAAUAAUCUUAAUAAUUCAGCAUCUGAAAACCUGAGACUCCGUCAGUAUUCUUAGUCAAAAAGAAAAAGUUCUUCAACCACUUAAUAACCAAAUAAAAUUUACAUUCAUGUCCUGGAAUUCUGAUGUUUGGAAGAAAUGUGAAUCCAAUUUGAUUAAUGUUACAACUUAAACUCCAUAAUUUUCUCAGUGUCAUGGCUUCUAAGUCACAUCCAUGUGCUUUCAAGUGAUUUUUAAAAUAGAUUGAUGUGGGUUUUUUUUUUUAAUGUCUGAGAAAAGUCAGUGUUAUUUUUCUAAUGCAUUUUUUUCUUUGUCCCAGGACGUUAACUGUCAUCCAUAUAUGCAUUUGUUAAAUGUAAAGGAGUGAGCAUUCGGGGGAGAGGAGUGAGUGUUGCACAUUUUUGCUCAGUUUUUUAAUGUUGAAGAAGGAGGAAAUACAUUUCAUUUUAUGUAAAGCAAAAGUCCUAAAAAGCCUCUGUAUGAUUUCUAGAGAAUCUAGCUUGUGUCUGAAUGUGGUAUCUCAAAAUGUAGCUUGGGGACAACAAUGGGAACACAGCUUAUUGUUUGCUUUUGGUGUUAGGUUUGGAUUGUAGCCUGAAUUGUCGUGCAUCUCGUGGUCUUUGAUUUCAGAAAGCGCCUGGUGAGGGCAGAGCACCAGGGGGAAGACACCUCUGUGCGCAAAGGCUUGAGAAUGGCCUGGGAUAGCAGCAUCGCCAGUCCCAGUUUCCUCAGUUCCUUCUUGGCAGACCCCACUAUAUUUUUUCCACAAAAUUCUCGUGAGCAGCCUUCCUUUUGAGGUAACAAAUAUCUAAGAGUCAGAAAUUCUCUGUUCAACAUGCUAUGACUUGAUUAUGUCAAGAUCAUUUUAAUUUCUUCCUUUUCUUAGAGGAAAUUUCCAUGCUUAAGAUGAGAGAGUUCGUUCCUUGUUAUUGAAACACUAAUGAAUUGAAACACAUUGGAGCACAUAAAAAAUUAAAAAUUAAGCUGAUUUCUGUUAAAUAGUUUAAAGCCCUUCCUUAAUACAAAGUAAGUUAAGCAUUGUAAGAUGAAGUUAAUUCAGAUAAUUACUCAGGAUAGGAGUCUAACUAUAUAUAUCAUUGGUAUUACAAUUUAAUGAUGUCGUUAAAUUCUCAGAAAUCUGCAGAACUGCUCUAAUUUGGUUUCUCUCUUUAUUUAACCAGACAAAGAACAAAUAUAUGUCAGUGUGUAGCUUAGCAGAGGGGACAUGAGGGGGUGAAAUUAUUGCCUUAAUUGUUGAGAACUACUCAGUUCUGGGCUUGAAUUUCAUCACCACAUUCAAAUAAGCUUCAUUAUGUAGCAUAAUAUUGCCAUAUGUUAAUAAUUACCAUUGCAAUUACUUACUAAAAGGCUUGAUUCUUUAACUAAACAAAAAUCAGUAAAACCAUAUAUUUGGUCCCAAAGCCUCUGAUCAGACAACUAGAGGUGUGGGUUUGACAGCUGCCCAGAAUAACUUUGUUCAGUCAAGUUAAGAAGCCAGUGACUUUAGUUAUCACCAGGGAAGCUCUUUUUUUCCCAUUAGCCUUAUCCUCUCAUUUGUUUUCUUUAAACUGUUUAAAUAGUUGUACAUACCUGAAAGUACAUGGAUGAAAGGAGUAUACAGCAGAAAUGAACCUGUUUUGUAUAUAAAAAUUAAAAUUGUUUAAAAAUAUUAAACCAGUGUAUAAUCACUUUUCUUCAAAACAGGUGAAUUAACCCCAGUGAUAUACAGCCAAAAUACCUCCACUGAACAUGCUAUUUAAAAUCAUAUUUAUUUGUUAGAGGCAUUUUUUCCUCCUUGAAGAAAUUCUGAGGUUUUGAACACUGUUAAAACCAUCAGAGGAGCUCUGUGUUUGAAUUGUUGGUCCUAAAGAUUUUACGUUUGGAAAAAAGUGUGUAGGAGGUUGUGAUUCACUUGGCCCCUAAGAUUUUGGGGCUGUCUUUCUAUUACAGAUAUGUUCUUCCCUCUUCUCUCAAUUGUGAGCUAAGAUAGACCCCUCUUGUGAGGGUUAAAGUAUGUGACCUUGACUCCUUUCCAGAGAAUCUUGACAUUUCCCAAGUGGUUUGUUUCCAUUUUCUAAGUGGAUCUAGUCCUUGUUUCAUCACUGAAUGACGUCCUGGGCCGAUUCUCUCUACACUGCCUUUUAUGACAAGAUCCCACACCUCUCUGCUUGCUUGUAAAUAUAUUUCCCUUUGGAUCCUGUACAUAAUUUUUCAGGAGCCUUUCAAUAUCAGGGUAGAAGAAUACAUUUGGAUAGCUGUGUAUGAAAUGCUGAGAACCACUGCAAUCUGUGAGUAAAACCCAUUUCUUCUUCGUGUUUUGGCCAUGGCAGCACGCCGAGCAGCCUCACCAGCAGAAGAGCUGUCCUGCCUGGCUGUGGCCUGGACUGGGGAUCCAGGGACAGCUUGAUGAAUGGGGCCACAAGCUGCAAACCCUGGGUUCAGGCUGCUGCUUUGCCACUAAUUGGCAUGUGUGUGUGUGUGUGCUUCAAGACAAGUCACUUGAUCUCCCAGGCCUCAGUUUCUUUGUUUGUCGAGUAAAAUUAUCUCUCCUAUUUUAAGUCCUGUAGAACCCUGAGGUGAAUACACGACUCCCAUGCAUUAAUUCUUCCAUCCAUUUAAAAACAGGUUCUUGACACUGGACACACACUGGAAUUACCUGGGUAGCUUCUAGUUAAAUCAGAAUCCUUGAGAUUUGGCCUGAGUCUUGGAAGUUUUAAAAGCUCCUCAAAUAAAGACUCUCAUAAGAAGCCAUAGUUAAGAAUGAUUGUUUAAAAAUCAUAGGCUGUGUGUGUGUGUGUGUGUGUGUGUGUGUGUGUGUGUGAAAUACUGGAUGUCAAAAGAGGCAGGGUAUGCUAAGAGCGGAGACUCCUCAGGAGAGAGGCUUUCUGCAGAUCAGAAGUUUACUACUUUUAAUGAAUGGGAAAGGCUUUGGUUACAAAGUGUCAGCAUGCAUACAUUUUAAUCAUCCAAAGAGAUGAGUUUUGCUUUCUCCUUGACGUUGCUCUAUGCUCAUAAUAUUGCUUUACACCAGACACAUCAGAACACAGCUCCAAUCUCUGCCAGCACUGAGCAAUUGCUACCCUCAUACAGAAGAGGAGUUUUUAAAGCACCUAAAUAAUUGUCUAGGAUUUGCCUUUGAUCCAUGAUCAUUAAUAUCAUUAAUAAUCUCUAAAGAAGUGCGUGUGAAUCUUGAGUCCACGUUUGGCAGGGCAGUGGAAGAGUGAAGGCUUUUAAAAUAGCUUGGCUCAGAAAGUGCAUCUGAAAUGACCCUGUGGGAAAAAUCAGGAGAAUUUCUUGUCUCCAAAGGAUUACCUAGGAUGAGAUGCUGACCUUGUAUUUAGUUCAGUUACAUUUCUUUUAAAACCUCAUUCAUUACCCAGCCUGAUUUAUGUUGGGGGCUGUGGGAGGUGGUGUACGGUUUUCAUAUCUGUGUUUUGUUUUUUCCACAGUUCCCUAAAGAUCAUAACAUAUCCAUGCUUCUUAAAAAAAAAGAAAAAGACCAGCUUCUUCAUGAGAUUUACUACAGAUUUUCUUGCAGAAACUAGAGCUGAAGAAUUCUCUCCUCUUCAGGCUUCUAAGGCGAUCAAACCCCAGAAGGCCGAGUGCACAGGGUGAGCAGAGCGCUGACCUCUGCCGGGGAGAGGUCAGUUCCGCACACAAGACUCAAAAGGGAGGAAGAAAAAGCAAGGCCUCAGCAGGGAGUUUGACUUGCUUUAGGGCAGAAGAGAUUUUAUAAAUAAGUUCCCAGUCUCCCACGCCCUCUCACCAGCUCUUCUAUUACUAGUCCUGUCUCUGUGCUUACACACAUGCUCACAGGGACACACGCACACAGAUGCACUUACUUCCACUCACUGCCUUUCACCCCUCUCUCCACCUGCCCCCUGGGACUGUGGACUUACAGACCCUGCUCCGGAGGAGGCAGGUGAUGGGUUGACAGGGGAUUUUUCUAGACCCAGUGGCUCUUCAAGGCCUUUUCUGUUCCUGCUUAACAUGCUCAGCUGGUGAGAAGCAUGCAGAGAGUUCUUUCCCAAACCCACUCUGGGUGCCUGGGACGAUUAAUACCAGCCCACCCAUUCCUGAUGUCAGAAGGAGAAGGUGGAACGGUCAGUCAGGGUGACUUCCAGCCUUGAUGUGGCCGACUAGGCAUUUAGGAUGGGUUCCAGUAGGAGGAGCCUGGAAGGUCCCUCUGUGUGAUGCCAGAGUCAACCAGGGCUCAUGAAACGACAGCCCUGCCCUGCUGGGUAUAUUCCCCUUAUAAGGCUUUCCUGAUGAGCCUUUUCCCAGUGCCUUCUGCUCAGCCCGGUGACCCUCCAGAGCAGAAUGUAGGCUGCCUGGGCAGAGCCUGGGGCGUCUGGAGAAGUGCCAGUGGGUGCUCUCCAUGAAAAGUGCCCACUGAUCGAAAAGCACCUCAAAAGAGCUUUUGGCAUCUGAGCUGCAGGGCAUUUGCUGCUGGGGUUCUUGUUCUGAUGCUAAGAAGAAUCUCUCGCUGGAAGAACUUUCUGGAUCUCCUGUAAAAUCUCUAUACAGGCUCAGAGAUAGGCAGACUGUCCAUUCAUCUGUGGACUUUCAAUAUCAUAUCAGCCUUGCUUUCUCUUGAAGAUAGUAUUUCUCAUACUGGUUUAUCAAAUUGCAUUGUUCUGGGUCCUGGUUGUGGAAAUGAUUUGGGCUGUUAUCUUUUAGGUUCAUAAGGUCUGCUUUCAGGUCCUGGUAAUAUUUUAGAAAAGCUCACUGCACUUGAGAAAAACCUGAACUUUCUGCCCCAGGCUGUGCAUGUUCGUCUAGGCCAGCUGCCCCACAUAUGAAGGCAAACUUAGAAAGAGAAGAUGGUAUGAGAGAAAGUUGGGCUUGAUACUUAGUUCCUUCUCAGUCCAGAGGAAAUGGCCAUUGCGCAGUGAGGACAACCCGGAGGGACGGUCAUUGUAGGAAAAGACUGCUUGGGGGGAGGGGCCAUUACAAAAUAUUUCUGAGAGGUCCAAUCCACCAAAAAGCUCAUCCAGAAAGCAAGGCAACCAUUAUCAGAUUUCAUAAGGGGAGAAACUGGCCCGAGACUGUGUGUCCUGGAGUUGUCCCAGACCAGGCACCUGAGCUUACCCAGCUAAGCUUAUCUUACCUGGGCAUGGCCCUAAUUUAUAAAGUGGUGGGGAGGAUGGAUAUAGAAGAAAGACCACAGUUGUCUCUUGAACAACAUGGGGUUGAACUGCACAAGUCCACUUGUACAUGUAUUUUUUUCAAUAGAUAUACUGGGAAAUUUUUUUGAGCUUUGCAACAUUCUGAAAAAACUCUCAGAUGAACUGCAUAGCCUAGAAAUAUUGAGAAAAGUAAGAGAAAUAUCGUGAAUGCAUGAAAAUAUGCAGGUACUAGUCUAAUUUUAUCAUUUACUACCAUAAAGUGUAUAUAAAUUGAUUAUAAAAAGUUGAAAUUUAUGAAAACUUACACACAUGCUUACUCUUCAUUGGCACCAUUCAGUUGAGAGAAAUGUAAGCAAAUGUAAAGAUGCAAUAUUAAGCCCUAACCGCAUAAAAUUAACUGUUGUACAUAAUACUGUACUAAUUUCAUAACCACCUCCCGUACAUAUUGCAGUGAGCUCAAGUGUUGUGAGCAUCCACCUAAAAUGCCAUGUGAUGCUAACUGUUUCCACAGAAGCAGUUUGUCCAGUAAAAAGUGGUCUCCCAUGGUUCUGUCAUAUUUAUCACUGCAUUUAGUAUAAUACUGUAAGCCUUACAUAACAAAACCCACAGGGCACACACAUAGUGCCACUAGUGAGCUGGAAGCACUCCCAAGAAGCAGAGAAGAGUCAUGACAUUACAAGAAAAAGUUGAGUUGCUUGAUAUGUACCAUAGAUUGAGAUCUGUAGCUGUGGUUGCCUCCCAUUUCAAGAUAAAUGAGUCCAGCAUAAGAACAAUUUUUAAAGAAGAAAAAUUUAUUCAGCCCUCACUACAGUGAAGCCAGCAGGCAUGGAGGUAUUUGCACUUUUUGCAAAAUACCUUUUUCUUGUAUCAAAAAUGCAGCUUUUAUGUGGGGACAGGAUCUCUGUAAGAAAAGUAUACCUAUAAAGUCUUAGGAGGUUCCAGAAAAAGUGAAGUCACUAUGUGACACCUUAAAGGAAGGUGAAGGGGCUAAUGCUGGAGAACUUCACACCAGCAAAGGAUGGUUUGAUUAUUUUAGGAGGAGAUUUGCCUUAAAAAUGUCAAGACAGUAGGAGGAACAGCUUCAGCCAACCAAGAAACAGCAGAUCUGUUAAGAAAAUCAUUGAGGGGAAAGGAUAUCUGCUCGAAUAAGUGUUUAAUGCAGAUGAAAGUGCCCUGUUCUAGACAUAAAUAUUACAAAGGAUAUUUAUUAGUAAGAAAGAGAUGCAAGAACCAAGAUUUAAGGCAAGAAGGGAUAGACUAACUCUACUGUUUUGUACAAAUACAAUCAGGUUCAUGAUCAGGGACUACCCUUACAUACAGAGCUGCUAACCCCUCAGCCUUGAAGGUGGAAGAUAAAUACUAGCUGCUCAGUCUUUUGGUUGCAUAAGAAGGCCCAGAUGAGAACACUUUUUCUGGAAUGGUUCCAUUGAUGCUUUGUCCCUGAAGUUAAGGAAGCACCUUGCCAGUAAGGGACAGCCUUUCAAAGUUUUUUGAUAUUGGACGAUGCCCCUGGCCACUGAGAACCCCCUGAAUUCAACGCCAAAGGUGUAGAAGUGGUCUACUUGCCCCAAACACAAUGUCUCUAAUUCAGCCUCUGACUGGGUUCUAAAGACCUUUAAGGCUCAUUUCAUAUGGUAGUCUAUGGAAAGGAUUGUCAGUGCUGUGGAAGAGAACCUGACAGAACAUUGUGAAAGUCUAUGCCAUCAUUGGUAUAGAAAAAGCUGUGGAAGCCAUCAAGCCUGAAACAAUACAUUCCUGAUGGAAAAAAACACAUCCAGAUACUGUGCGUGAUUUCACAGGAUUUAAGAUAAAGCCAAUCAAGGAAAUCAGAGUGUGGAUAUGACACACAAAAAAAGUGAUGGUGAAGGGUUUCAAGAUACAAAUCUUGGAGAAAUUCAAGAGCUAACAGACACCACACAGGAGGAAUUAACAGAAAACAACUUGAUGAAGAUAAGCACUUUCAUACCGGCGCCAGUCAAUGAGGAAGACCUAGAAGCAGCUGUGCCAGAAAACAAAUUGACAGUAGACAGUUUGGCAGGAGGAGGGUUCUGAUUAAUCAAGACUUCCCCGGACUUCUUUUAUGACAUGGACCCUCUAUGAUACGGGCACUGAGACUAAAGCAAAUGGUGGAGGGAGGAUUGGUACCGUAUUGCAACAUUUUUGGAGAAAUGAAAAAAACAAGUCAGACAGAAAUUACCAUGUAUUUCCAUAAAAGUUACCCUACGUGUGCCCCCCUCUCCUGCCUUCCACCCCUCCACCUCUUUGCGUCUGCCUCCCCUGAGACAGCAAGACCACCCCCGCCGCUGCCUCAGCCUGCUCAACAUGAAGGCGAGAUGAAAGCCUUUCUUUUACAAUGAUCCACUUCCACCUAAUGAAAAGUAAAUAACCACCAUGCCAUACAGGUAAUAAACUUAUGUGUAUGUGUGUGUCUUCAUGUGAAAAUGUAGUAAUUGUACAGUAAGAACCUUGUUACCUUUUUGUGUCAUUAUCAUCAUCACCUAAGUAUUCAUCAUGUAGUACAUCUUGUGUGAGGCGUGUAUGCAAGUGGACAGCCUAUUCUUACAUAGACAUAAGGUGAGUGAUAUUUAAUAGAAAAUAAUGUGUCAGUUUUCUUAUUUUUUAGUUACUUUGCUUUCAUAGAACUUCAUUACAGCCUUGCUUCUCUCUCAUAAUAGGAGAAGCUGCAUAUCAGCCUAUCAUCACAGUAAGUGGGUUCUAUUUUAGUGUAAUGUUUCUCAGACUAUAUUACAAAUAUGACUAUAAUACUGUAUACCACAAAAAUUUUGUAAUGAUUCAUUCAUUAGUGUAUAGGCUAGGCUAUCGUGAAGCAAUCGGUUAUCAGUUAUACUAGGCUACCAUAAAGCAAUCGUAUUGCUGCUGCUUUGUUAUCAAUGCAUUAAUCAUAUCUGUAAAUAAAUAUGAAUUUCUC